UCAGAACAGCUGUACCUCUGAGGAAAGAAUGGAGACCUGCAGGUUUUGUUUGGAGUGUCAUGACUGAUCUCUCAACUGGAGAGGUGAAACUGACUUUAGUGGUGCCGAAACCUAGGACGGGAGGCACGGCAGACCCAGGACUGUGCCAGCAGAGAGAGGAGCUGGUGCAAAUGGUGGCCGAGCUGGCGGCCAUGCAGCGGGAGCAGGCAGCGGUGUGUCGCCAGCGGCAGAAAGAGCUGCAGGACCAGACAGAGUACCACCUGCAGAGAAUGAAGGAUCUGGCGGCGCUAAUCCGGUCCUGCCCGACACCGCAGCCACCCCCACCGACAGCGCUGGGGUGGAGGAGAUCCAUACUGUUCUGCCGCCCGCACCGGCCCCCACGAUGCGACCAGCCGGGACGCAGCCUGUCACCGCACCCUUCCCCACUCCUCUGGAGGGAGUGGCUUGUGUCUGGCAGGGGCCGGCUCCCAUUCCUGCUCCCCAGAGGAGAGACGAGGAGCAACUGUUGGGCCCACCACCAGCUCACCUGCCUGCCCAGCCCGAGCUGGAGGUCAGCGUGGGAGGAACCUGCCACGCCAUCGCUGGAGGUGGAGGAGGUGUGUGAGAGUCCGCGCCAGCCGGACAGCAGCGGUGGUGACGGAGGAGCCACACCAGGGUGUCUGCUCUAG